CCCGCGUCAACUGCGAUUGUGCACCAGACCCUCCCCUUUAAAGUCGCCUUCGUCGCUACGCUGAAGCGUAGCAGCAGACUUCACCCAGAGGUUGGCCGACUGGAAGGCAACGGCUGACAAGGCUUCUAGCAUUUCAAAAUCGGUCCUUACAAUAAAGCGGCCCGUAACAUCUGUGCCAACCUUUCUGACAUCUGCUACUGGACCGGUUUAACCAUAUGGGCUCGCCAUAGCCGGCGCAGAUGGCAUAGCUAGAACCCAGCGAUGGACCGCAAUAACAUCCACUUCCAGCUCGUCUUUCCUGUUUGAUUCAUGGAAUGGGAUGCCUUUCUGUUGAGAUUUCCUCUCUUUUCGACCAAGGACACUGUGUGGAAUGGCAAAACUUGGCGAAUGGCGUCGUUACCCCUGCUACCCCAGGUUAUGAAACAUGUUUCCCUCUCGGUACCAUUCUUGUUCCAGCUUUGUUGACACGCCAUGAAGCCCACUUUCUAAUGGUGGAUUGAGUGAUCUGUCAGUUUCUUGGGUUAUUCAUGCUCAUGCCGUUAUUGCCGCAUGCGAUUUUCGGACGAUGGACAUGCAGUUGACGCCUUUGCUGUUUAGAAUCAGCGAACAAGUGGGUGGAUGUUUAACGAUUUGUCACCCUUCAGUAAGAAUGUGACCAGACGGUGAAGUUGGACUAUCCGGAUUUACCCACCCCCCUUCAACGCGGGCCUCGGGUCUUCAAAGGAGCAUCGACGAUGCCGCGGAGUUUGCGAAGGCUAUUGCACCUGGUGCUCUUCUGCCCGUUAUCGAAGGGCUUGCAGUCUCGUAUGCCAGCCGUGAAGGUGAAGUAUCUGCUGUUGGUGUGGGUGGGGAUCUUGCUGCUGAGUUGGGCCCUCUACAUGCAGUACUCCUCCUACACCGAGCUGUGUAGGGGGCACGUCUGUCACAUGGUCAUCUGUGAUCACUACCGCAGGGGAAUCAUUGCUGGCUCAGCUUGUAAGGCUCUCUGUGAGGAGAGAACUCUUACCCUGCAGAGAUGCCUGUCAACGUCGCCAGCACAUCAGGUGUACAACGGGAUGUGGAAGGAGAAGGCGGUGGUGAUCAAGUGUGGCAUCGAGGAGUUGGCCAACGGCGACGGUGUCCCCGGCUCCGCACUGAGAGCCGAGAGCAGCCUGUUCGACAAGCCCGCCAGAGGCACCUCCAUGGACGAGUUUAGAGAGAUGCUGCACUCCUUCCUCAAGGAGAGUCUGGGAGAGCAGGCGUCCCUGGCCACCUUGGUGGCACGGGUGGUGACACUGGCCGACGUCAACCAGGAUGGCAAGGUGUCCCUGGCUGAGGCCAAGUCUGUGUGGGCACUGCUGCAGGUGCCUGAGCUGCUGGUGCUCCUGGCGUUGGCUGGUCGUGAGCACACCCCUCGCCUCCUGGGCUUCUGCGGCCACCUGUAUGUGACCGAGCGCGUGGCCCACACUGCCCUCUGGAGGCUGGAGGUGCCCCCGUCCCUGCAGCCCGUGGUACCCGAGGCCGUGGGGGUGGCUCUCAACCGCUGGCUGGCACCGGCCUGGCCGAGGCGGGCGCGCAUCAGCAUUGGGCUGCUUGAGUUCGUGGAAGACGCCUUCCAUGGUGCCUACGGCAGCUUCCUGAUGUGCGACUCGGGCCCCGAACGUGUGGGCUACAGUCAGCAGUAUGACUGCAAGAUGGCUGACCUGCGCGGCGUGGCCAGCGAGGCGGCGGUGCGGGGCUACCUGCGCGGACGCACCUGCCAGACCAACGCCGACUGCACGUACGGCCGCGACUGCACGGCCACCUGUGACCGGCUGGCGCGCCAGUGCAACACGGAGGUGGUGCAGCCCAACCUGGCCAAGGUAUGCGCCCUGCUGCAGAGCUUCCUGCUCUUUGGCACGCCCGCCGACCUCCACGCCGACCUGGAGAAGCAGCUGCGCACCUGCGUCACCCUCAGCGGCCUGGCCAGCCAGAUGGAGGUCCACCAUUCGCUGGUGCUCAACAACCUCAAGACCCUGCUGUGGAAGAAGAUCUCCAACACCAAGUACUCCUGAUCCACCAC